CCGAAAAGCUUUUCUCUGCUCAAGCGAUCAUAUCCUCACGACUUUUCAACCCGAGCUGGUUGGACCAUACAUCAAUGAACGAUUAGUUGCCGAGGCUGCAGUAUACACGAGGCAAGCUACAAUUGCCAUCCAUCUCGAUAGACCCGCGCUGAAGACAGCACGAAUGGUCGCAAUCGCUACUCUACAUAUUUUACAUAGCCCAGCCCGCAAUUAUGCUGGUGACCCAUUCUGCCGUAGACCAAUAACAUCGCGAUGCGCAACAUCCCACUUCCCCGUCGACCCGCGACUCCGACCUGCCCAUCCCCCAUGCAUCACUUGGCUUUGAGCCCCCUCAGCGUCUUCAUCACAUCCUGCAUGUUCUCCAGCUCCGGGCCAGCCCACUCUCCCUCCCACUCCCGUUCGUCCUCGCGCUCCUGGGUGCGCACGAGGAUGCUCCGCAUACUUUUGCGGGAGUCCAUGCGGCGCAGCACACGGGGAUGUGAUUGCAUCGACGCACGCGAGCUGGACCGUGGGACGGAUUGGGCCACAGCGCGUUCUUGCUCGUAGGUCGGAGGGGGGCAUAUCCCGGGCGGUCCGAAGAAAGCUUGGCCGUCUGAGUAGGUUGCGGCGCGUGAUAAUCGUCUCGGAGGCGCGUGUUCUGAAAUCGAGGACAGCUCGCCGGGGUCGGUGUACGACAUUGGAUGGACGUGUACUGGGUCGAGGGGAGUGGAGGGCGCUGUUCGCGACAUCCUUACGGGUUCCACCGACAACCUUUUUUGGUCUCCCUCGCGCGACGGACGCGCGAAGGACGUUCCAGUGAUGUCCUCCGUUCUCACUGCGCUCGCUCCGCCAUUCACGCUCGUGCUCCUGCGCACAAUCCACCCCUCGUCCGCCACCCCUCGUGCCAUCGCGAAGACCCGCUGCUCCAGCUCCGACUCAGGCGUGCUCAGCGUGCUCGCGCGCCGCCGGCGCUUGAAGGGUCCCGGCUGUUGCGUGCCGCCCGGUGCCGUGAGCACGAGGGACGGGGGCACCUGCUCCCCCAGCGUCCGCGUGAGUUUCGCGAAGCGCAUCGCCAGGCGCGUGUGCUCCUCGUAGUCGGUUGGUGUGGCCGGCGAGAAGACAGGGGAGAUGGGCGAGAGUGGGGGGAGCACCGGAGGUGCACUUGGUAGUCGGAGCACCAGAGCGGGGCGCUCGGCGGCGGCUGAGCUUGGACCGCUGCUGCUGCUGUCCACUGGUGAUGCUGCGAGCUGGAUGCCGCGUGAGGAGAUGGUUUGGGAAUCGACUUUGAGGAAAGGCAGGGCGAGAGAAGAGAGUGAUGCGGAGCCGAGGAGGUAGAGACUGCGCUUCCCGCUUGGUCCUCUGGGUGGUCCCGGGUUAGGACUUGGUGGGGUUGAUGUGUCCGGCGGUGCGGCCAUGUCGAUGACGGGUGUUUGCCCCAGUACGGAAGUCAGCUUGCGCAUCGAGCGGACGAGGCGUUGGUGCUCAGUGCUCGGGACCAUAUGUGUCGUUGGCGGCAUCGGCAUGUCGUCGUCCCAUUCGGUGCUUUCCCUCGUUGUCGACAGUCUCUGAGGCAUGGGGGCGUGGCGGUCGCUGCCAGGUGGAUCCCAUUCCAAUUCCUGCACCGAAUAUUUUGUACGAGCUACCGCCCGAUCACGCCUGGGCAACAACGGCUGACGUUUCCACGCAUUCCAGCGAUUGCCGCGCACGAGUCUAGCAUGCUGUGAUCCAUACACGGAAGACAGGGCUGAUCUCCAGCUGAUCGUCAGAGCCCCUGCGGACAUUGUCUCAUCAUGACAUUUUCUGCUACUUCCGUCCGUUUGCUCGCUUCGGCGUCUUGUGGGCCGACACUUUAGUGAAGCUCCGUGAAACCAUAGCCUGUGAAUCCGCCGAGGUCAUCCUUAUGGAGCUUGGCGACCCUGGGCCGCGUGCCAUUGGCGAUCGAUCUGGUACAUAAAGUAGACACUUCCAGAAGCUAUUCAAAUAUCUACGGUUGCUGUGACUGGAGCAUCGUCGUCGUCGGGACCCCCUCACCGGUAGUAACACCGCUUCACAGAUCGCUACUCGUACCCAAUGACCGCACUUCAUAAUUGCUGACUAACAAGCGCUCACCAUUUGCUUUAACACCCCCGAUUCUCAUCCAACGACAACCAUUAUAGCAAUUCAAUAUAUAUGAAUGUACACGCGCUAGCAUACAUGGGUGACUGGCGAAAUGGCAUCGCGUCUGACUACGACUUGAUCUUGUGAUCAGGAGAUUGCAGGUUCGACCCCUGCGUCGCUCAUUUUCGAUCAUUUUGUUGUCCUUGCCUCUCCCCUAGUCUUAUUGUCUUUGGCUCUACCCAGAAUAACUCUU